CUCCUGCUGCCUUGACUUUUCCCUACAAUGAUGGACUGUGUCUCCAAACUGUGAGCCAAAAAGAAACUUUCCUUCUUUACUUUUGUGACUGUACACACAAACCCUUCCUUCCUUGCUUCUGUCAGGGUAUUUUAUCACUGGAAAAGAAAAAAAGUAACUGAACCACUGUGCUAAAUGGAAAUACUUAUUCCAUUAUUCUCUAACACCUUUUUGAAGCAGUUACUGUUAUGACCCUUUCUAUUUUACAGACGAUGAAAGAGAUGGAAGAUUAAAUAACAGUCUAAAGUCAUACAUGGUUGAUGACAGAGAAAAUACAGAUCACAGGCCAUCACUGAGGAAAAUGAGUGCAGAAGCUUGAGGCAGGAAACCUGGAAGAAGUCUACUUGCUGCCUUGUUCUCUGGAUCAGUCACAGGCUCACACUGCACUGUCUUAUACAGUUCAAGACGAUCUAGGGAUAGUGCUAGCUAAGGUUGGCUCAGCUCUCCUGCAUCAACUAACAAUCAAGACAAUAGCACACAGUGGCUAACUGGAGAAUGGCCUCAGUCUGACUGCUCUGGUAGAUGGUAGAGUCAUGAUGGCACAUCACCUUGUUGGGAAAAGAACAUUUUGAGAUUGAAUCUUUCCAGUGGAAAAGUUCUUCAGUGCUAAGCUGUGUCAAGCUGGCACCUCAAACUAAGGAGGACCACCACCACUGCUUACAGGAAUGAACAGUUCCAAAAUGGGGAGUUGUGCUGGUGCUGCAGCUUGAAGCCAGGGUCUCACACAUGAUAGACAAGUGCUUUACCAAAGAGCUACAACCCUCACUUGCAGGAUCUUCAUUAAGAUUCCAUCUUACUAAAUUAUCAUCACAGUCCAUUCCUGACUUCUGGAGUAAAUAUCCUGACUUUCUCCAUAAAGUUUGGACUACUUACAAUCUCUUUGGUCAUCAUUUCUACACCAACCCAGUUUUUUCUACAUUCUGGGCCCGGAGGAAUUGAGUCCUGUUCUGAAGCUUUUUGAGAGCUCAAAGUUCAGCAUCAUUAGUGAAUCUUAGCUGCUGACUGUCUACACAGCAAAUGCUUUAGAGAAUUUUUCUGUUGAAAUAAUAAUGAUUUUCAUAGACUGCAAUCUCAGUUGAAUAUGUUUUCUCUGUAAUGUGAAUGAAUACCCAGCACUUGUCAACAAAACUGCAGAGUCCUUGAAAGAAAACCCUUUAAAUUGAACAUCUUGGACACUAGGUUGAGCAGGAGAAACCUUAACAACAGUAAAUAUUCGUUCACUUUCUGGAAGAUUCAACCACUGCUACACAGAGCUGCUGCUGAAGUACCAUGUCUAAGAACUCGGAGUUCAUCAAUCUGUCAUUUUUAUUAGAUCAUGAGAAGGAAAUGAUACUGGGAGUCCUAAAGAGAGAUGAAUAUUUGAAAAAGGUGGAAGACAAGAGGAUAAGGAAGCUGAAAAAUGAACUCUUAGAAGCAAAGCGUAGGAGUGGGAAGACUCACCAAGAGGCCAGUAGAGUCUGCGUUCACUGUCACAAAACCCUUGGCCUCAUCUUUGACCGGGGAGAUCCAUGCCAAGCCUGCUCACUCAGGGUAUGCAGUGAGUGUCGAGUCACCGGACUUGAUGGCAGCUGGAAGUGCACUGUCUGUGCCAAAGUCGCGCAGCUAAGGAUUAUAAGUGGAGAAUGGUUCUUGGAAGAAAAGGCAAAGCGUUUCAAGCAAGUCAAUGUUCUGGGCACUGAUGUCGUUCGACAGUCCAUCUUAAGAAGAAGUCCAGGGUCUGAAGAAACACAAAACCAAGAGCAAGCACAACAAUGUGUAGACAAGUCAGAUACUUUGUCUUCUGUCAGGCAGAAGACAACUCAUGAUGGCCCAAAGAAGAAGGGUUUUCUUCUUAGCAAGUUCAGAUCAGCAACCAGAGGAGAAAUCAGAACUCCAAAACCUGAAAGCGGAAGGAGCUAUAGCUUGGACUUAGACAGUCAAAAUCUUCAGAGUUUCAAGUCAGCCUCUGGUUCAGACAGGGGAAGUACCACUUCAUCAGAUCUCAUUGACCAGGAGGCUGGACGAAGAACAUCAAAAAGCAGCUACAGCAACGGUGGAAUCCCAGUUACUCAGAGGUCACCAGUCCCAAGUGCUCAUAGUGUGACCUCCAUCAACAGCAGAGAACAUGGUUUUGAAAAUUCCAUGGCUUUGGCUACCAUUGAAAACACCUGUGAAGAGCUCACAAAGAGUCACCGCAGAAACACAUCCGGUACACCCUCCAUAGCGGUGUCUGGCACCUCACUCUCCUCAGAGCGGAGUCGAUCUGAGGUAGAUUUGAGUGAGUCAUUUGCGGAAGACUUAGAGGACACUUCAAGCAUAAGAAGCAGAUCUGUCCCUGGGGCUUUAGACAAAGACUUGAACUCCUUAGAAGACACUGAAGACGGUGUUGACUUAGUGUCCUCCAGGUUUUCUGCAAAUACCCACAGUCUGGCAAGUGGAUUGUCAACUAACUCCCAAGCAGGAUCUGAUAGGAAGAGGAGCUACCUAAAUGUGCCUGAUGCCGAUUCAGACACUACUAGCCUUAACAGCAUGAUGAGUGUUUACAGUGAAACGGGAGACUAUGGCAACGUGAAAGUCACCGGUGAGAUCCUUCUCCACAUCAGCUACUGCUACAAAACCGGCGGGCUAUACAUUUUUGUCAAGAGCUGCAGAAACCUGGCCACAGGAGAUGAAAAGAAACAGAGGACAGAUGCUUAUGUCAAGUCAUACCUUCUUCCAGACAAGUCCCGAAACAACAAGCGUAAGACCAAAAUCAGAACGGGUACCAAUCCAGAAUUCAACGAAACAUUAAAGUAUACCAUCAGCCACACCCAGCUGGAAACAAGAACUCUGCAGCUCUCAGUCUGGCACUAUGAUCGGUUUGGACGCAACAGUUUCCUGGGAGAGGUGGAGAUUGCUUUUGACUCAUGGAACUUUGAAAAUCCAUGUGAUGAGUGGUUUGUGCUUCAGCCGAAGGUGGAGUUGGCUCCUGAUAUUAGCCUUCAAUACAAAGGAGAGCUAACCAUUGUUUUGCGUUAUAUUCCUCCAGAGGAGAACCUAAUAUUCCCAGCAGGACAGCGUCAAGAAAAGAAGAUCUUUAAAAGGGGAAAGAAGAAAGAGUCAUCUUCCAUUUCUGGGGGAAUACUUGAAGUGUUCAUCAAAAAAGCAAAGAAUCUGACAGCAGUAAAAUCAGGAGGCACUUCUGACAGCUUCGUCAAGGGCUACCUGCUUCCUGAUGAUAACAAAGCCACCAAGCACAAAACUGCUGUUGUAAAAAAGAGUGUCAAUCCUGAGUGGAACCAUACGUUCAUAUUCAGUGGCCUGUAUCCUCAGGAUAUAAAGAAUGCUUGCCUAGAACUCACCAUCUGGGACAAAGAGGCCUUUUCCAGCAACGUCUUUCUAGGAGGUGUUCGUUUAAAUUCUGGAAGUGGUAUGAGCUACGGUAAAACUGUGGACUGGAUGGACUCUCAUGGGGAAGAGCAACGCCUUUGGCAAAAGAUGGCUGACAACCCUGGGACAUCUGUAGAGGGGGUUCUCAUGCUACGUUCCAGCAUGGCGAAAUGUAGGCUCUGAGGCGACCAGUUCUCCCCAAACUACAUCUCUGGUUGCCAGCUGUUUCCUCUCAGUGAAAGGACUAGGACUGUGAAUUCACCAAAGAGUAUUAGGCCAUAAUUGGAAACACAUCAGUGCUGUGAAAAAACAAAUCUGAUUUUUUUGCUGAUUGUCAAAGCAAACAAAAAAAAACCAAACCCAUAUCUUUUUAUAUGUUCACCUACGCAGGCUUCCCUUAUUAGUCAGUAGGAAGUAUACCACACCAUCUUUCCAACAAUCAAACCAUGCUAAGACUCAUAGGCUUCAUAUUGAUAGAAACAUUACAAGCUUAUUAGAAAAUACUGUGUUUAGAUUGGGGCUCCCCAUGCUUUCUCCAACUGAGUUACUUAAGGUUUAUUGAGUUUGAGAAGAGAAGGGAACAUUAAGAAGGUAGAGUGCUUGAUGAAUAACAAAGAAAGAUACAGGCCUCCUUUUUUUUAUCCUAGGAUGACCUGUGAUGUAAAGAUGGCAUGCUGGGGAUGGUUUGAAGGAUAGGGUAGAAUGCUGUUAUAGUGGCAAGCUUCGGAAUGGAGAUGGGAUUAUUUCAGGACAUACUGGUUGGAUUAUGGUAACUACAGAAUUCAUCAUGAAAUUCAGCCUCCUUUUCAAGGUAAAGAGAGCUAAAUGGUUACAUGUGAUCUCUCUGUCUCUCUCUUUCUAAUACAUACACACACACACACACACACACACACACACACACACACACACACACACACACAUGAAAACCACAGAUACCAGUAUGUGUGUAGAAAAACUGGAAUAUAGGGUUACAGGUUACCUUGAUGAUUAUCUAGCAAUUUUAAGGAGUUUGUUAUAAGAAAAUACAAAAUAUAUAUUUUGUCAAAUAUUUUAAGCUAUUCAGUAAAUGGAAAUAAUAAAUAAGGGCCAGUCAACUCAUAUCUCUACAUUUUGUUAACUUGUAAGGCUAGUUAAGUGAAAAGGGAGAUACUGUGCUGUCCUGCGCUGCUGUAGGAGAGUCAGGAAGUCUAUGUUCUCUCUUUCACUUUCACUUUUCCCAAGUUAUUAUUUUCUUCUGCUAUGAUAACAGCAAGUAACAAACCACCCCAAAAGUCAAUGACUUUAAAUGAAAACUAAUUUUCUCAUGCCUAUGAAAUUUGCCUAGGAAAGCUCUGCUUCCUACUUACAAGCCUGGGCAUCUAAGAUCUAAACCAGCUGCUUCUCUCUUCUCCUCAUUGGACCAGAAGAAUAGUCUGAGGGUGGUGGUAACAGAAGUAUAAUUGGAUAGGUCUCGCUGCUCAAGCACCUAAGUGUGGUAUGCUUCAUUGGUCAAAAGGAAGCCAUAUUGCUAAGUCCAAAGUUUAAGAAGGAAAUGUGCCUUGCCAAUAGUGAUGCCAUGACACGAAUGAGGGUGGUAGAAAGGAUGCUGAAACAGAGGCCAGUAAUGAACCCAUUUUGCGCCCUGGCACUUUGAUGCCAAACAUAAACUACCAAAUUUAGAUACAAAGUCAGUUAAAGCCAGAAGGGAUGCCAAGUCUGGUUGUCCAUUUUGUGAGUUCCAACCCUGUGGUCCAAAGAGCUGAGGUGACUUGUCCAAGGUCAUAUAGUGGCUCUGACUGAAUCUGGACUUAAUCCAUAGAUAAUUUUGACAUGACUAUGCUUAUCAAGAAAGUAGGUCAGAGUCUUAUUAUUUUCUUUCUGAAAUUUGAAAACUGAUUUAAGAAUGCAUUUAAUGUUCUUCAUAGUAAGGGAAUACAUAAACCAAUCUAACUGGGUAUUUCUAUAAAACAAAACCCACAUAGACAAAAGACAUACUUUUAAAUUUUUACUCUAGUUCUUCAUGUAAAUAAAAGGUAAACAUUUUCAGUUCACUAUCUUUUCCUAAAUGCCAGUGCAAAAUACAAGUACACUGUGUUAGUAUAUAACCAGAACCUUGCAUUUAGGAGACUAAUUCCAGAGGACCACAAGUUCAGCAUCAGCCUAAACUAUAAUGAGACUCACUGGCAAAAGUAAAAUAGUGUAUGAAGAUUAUAGAAUUCAAGCGCUUAAAGACUAUGGAGUUGCUUUGCCCACCACUUCCACGUGAAAGUAUACUUACUGUCAGUGUUAGCCUUUUCUAUGCCUAUAGGUUAUUACCUUAUAGAAAUCCACUGAAUAUGUUCAGUCAGUGUUAUCAGAUGCCACAGGAAAUAUGGCUAAGCCAUCUAUGCUUAAUAGCUUCUCUCAAUAGACUUUUCUUUUUAAUGAUAUAUAGGAAGGUCUGGGAAUAUAUAUGUAUUUUAUUUGAUAUAGAUAUCAAUCACCCAGCCAUCCAGUUACAUGUAACUACUUUAUAGAAGUAGAUAUGUAUAUGAGGAAUGAGCACAUAGAUGCCUGUAUUUCUGAAAGAUCAGAAACAAAGCAAAAUCAAUGAAAAGAAGUGUGAAAUUCACACACUCCAGACUUUUUCUGUUUUUCUGUUUCUAGUUAUUGCUUGCUCCUUCUUUUCUAACUCUGAUAAUUCUCAGCAGAACUGUUAACAUCUACUCUUUGGAGCUCUUUCUCCUUGAUUCUAUACUACUUUCAUGAUAAUAUAUGCUUACAACUUCAAACUUGCAUAUCCAGUGAAGAUUUACUUCUCAGCCCUAGACACUGAGAAAAUCUAUCAACCCAGUAUAAGUUAUUCCUGUCACUGCGUAGGAUAAAGCUGAAAAAUCACGGGGAAUAACAUGUAGGUCACAGAUAUCUGUUCUGUAGGAUGCCUUGCAAGCCUUAUGCAACCAAAAGACCCACUAUGACUUUAAGACAAAAUUUAAACAGCAGUUGAUGCUAAUCACCAAUCCAAGCUUGCAAACUUCUAAAAGACACUAUCUGACAUAUGAGCUUGCUUCCAAAAUGAUCUGUGUUAAUACCUCUUUCCUCAAUAAAACACCAAUAUUUUCGUUUGUUCUCUGGACACAUCAGAGACUGCUCAGUCUGGUGUAUCUGAUUACAUAUUCAGUCUGCUAUCAUUCUAUCUUUCCACUCUUUUUCAUGUAGGGUUUCCUUUCUCAAGGAUUUAUUUCUAUAAUUUUAUUUAGUGAUGACAACGUGAAUCGAACUGCCAGUAUGACAUCUCAGUCGGGGUACUUUAUUUGAAACUCUAUUCAAACUAAGCAUUCUGUUAUCAUUCUUGUUCUGGAGUCUUGUUCUAGGCCAUUCUACCUCAGCACUUAGAGCGUUCGUCCUCUCUCAAGUGACAGCAAACAGGCUGAUUGCUGAGUUUUAUCUCUUGCUUUUCCUUCAUCCUGAGGCAAAGUCAAUCAAAGAUUCCUAAGUCUACUUAAGUGUCCUUAUCCCCACGAUACCAACCAAGUCCAAACUAACAUUACUCCUUUUCAUGACUAGUUCAGCAAGUCUCCUAACAUUAAUCAUUUAAGUAUUUUUAUUCAUUGUGUGCAUAUAUGAUGUGUGUGUUACAUGCACAUGUCAGCCAGGGAAAAGUUCUGUGGAGUCAGUUCUCUCUUUCCACUUUACAGGGACUCUGGGGAUUGAACCUAGGCAAUUGGUGUUGUGCUGAAAGUAUGUUGCUAAAAUGAGAUAUCACUCUGGCUGUUAUUUUUACAGCCCUUCUUGUUCUGUAUCAUUCCAAUAUCCACCAUAUAAGAUUCAUCUCAAAAUAGUAUCUUAAAUGUCCAAAUAUACAGAAAAAUUGAAAGAACUUUAUAGGAAAUACUAUUGUAUCCAUGACCUAGCAUUAGCACAUGACUGUACUUGCCUGUCAUUAUAGAGGUUAUAUCUGACCAUCCUGAGUGAUCUAUACAACUUUCCAUGGGCUUUCAACUGAAAUGAAAACAAAACACAAAGUAUUGUAUAUGGCCCAGCCUAAGAAGGCCACUGCCUUUUCCCCAGGCUGUGCCCCCCCUCCCUGUCCUCCCUUCCUCUUUAGUCCCCUUGUGUACUCUUCUGGUCUUCAUCUCCAUAAAUAAUCCCAGUCUUGAAUGCUACUUCCUCAGGAAAACCUUCUUGAUCCUGUUCUGAAGCUGGCCUUUAUUUCCCCUCCACUGCACCUAUCACAAUUACAAUAAAUUAUUCAUGCAAUAAAUCUGAUGCCUAUGUCUGCUACCUUCCCGUUAUGUAAGAUUCAUGUAAGAUUCAUGAGGGCUGGAGCAACACAUGUUCGUAAGUCUAUCCCCAGUGCUUAGCUGAAAGUAGCUGAUCCAAACUUUUGUUAAAUAAAUAAAAAGAGAACAAAUAUAACAUCACAAAACCUUACAUUAGCAAACACAUUUUUCUUUUCUGUUAAUUAAUUUAUUUACUUACUUUACAUCCCAAUCACAUUUUUUUAAACCACCAUUUCAAAGUGAGUGUGGGAAGGAGCAAACGGAGCAAGGGUGGUUAGGGACCUGCAUAACUAGGGAUUUGGGUCACUGACUGCAUGAAAUGGGGACUACUGAGAAUUCUGUGCUGAAGAAAGACAAAAUAGCAUGUAUUUUAACAGCAUCCCUCUGACUGCUGUAUCCAGUAUUUGGGGGAGAGAUAGCAACUUUCAGGACUCAGGCCAUUUUCUCCUACAAGUAACAAAAUAACAAUCUAAAGGUUAUAGAAGAAUGUAACUGGCCUGUCACUCAAAAGCCUAGAAGGAGGGCUUUUACUUUAGUUUGCACAGCUGUGUUCUUCAUUCAGGCUAGCUAUACCCUGGAUUAAGACUACUGAUGUUUCAUCACCGUUAGAGGCACAGUGCUUAUGGUUAGCAGGGUAUCUGGGUGAAAGUUGUGGAAGGCAGAGAAUGUUGGCAAACUAUCUAAAAGUAAAUGACAGACAUUAGCUAAGUUGGUGAACUGUGUCAAUGCUUACUAGGAAAUCUGUAGAUACUAAAGAAAAAAGUUAAAAUUUCCUAUGUUAUUAUUUAUUGUUAGUCAAUGACUUCAAUAAAUAAUUUCAUAAACAUGAAAAAGGAUCACCAUAGAUAUGCCAACUAAAUUAAUUUGAUUUAUAUUAUUAAUUGAUUUAUAUAUAUAUAUACAUAUAUAUAUAUAUAUAUAUAUAACAUAGACUCCUAAAUGUGCAUAGUUUUUAAUUUAAAAAUAAAUCAACCUUAUGUAAUAUCAUAGGAACAACCAUAGCAGGUAAUCCCAGCAUAUCAGCUUUUCAGUAGAACAGAAGACAACAUUGCCUGGAAUAUUUCACUCCUUAUUUUGAUAUUUCAGUUUCUGAUUUUCCCAUGAAUAAACUAAAAAACAUAAUAAUAAUGUGUAAAGAGACAUAUAAUCUUAAACGCCUGAUUUUAUCUUCAAAUGCAUAAAUAGCACUUGCAACAGAUGAACACAAUCAGAUCUCAUUGUGGUCAUCUUGUUAUCAUCACUGGACUUACUCAUUAGGAUGUAGAUUUUUCUAGGGCACAAAAGCUAUGCCAGUUUGGAACACCCUAUACCCCCUUUUCUUUAAAGGGUUACUAAUACAUGAUUAAUGAUGAUUAAGUACUUAAGUAAGUAACAGAUGAAUUACACCCACCUGAUUCACAGUAAUGGUAGUCAUAUGGUCCUUUGACACUUCAAGAUUUAUAUUUAAUUGGAAAAGAGAAAGCCAUAGAAAGAAUAAUGGUAAGCCCUAUUUAUAGGAAUAAAGUUGGUAGAAAUACCAAGUCCAAAAAUCCUUUGAAACUGAAAAUCUGUAGCUGUGUUGGGUUUUGUUUUUUCCAUGAAAUACACCACACUGAUCUGAACACUGCCAUUAGAGGUGAGUAGGACAUUUCCUGCAACAAUAUUGUCAUUUAUGGCCUUUGUAAUUAAGAAAAGAAACAGCAUGGACAAUUUUAUUGUAAGUGAAACUUUUAUUAGCUUGAUGUGAUUGUCCUUUUGGAGGCUUUCUGCCUGUCUGUUCACCUGGCCCUGGAAGCUUCUAGCCUCUGUACAAUCUACUCUAGGCUAAGAAUGUUCUCACCCUCUGAGACUCCCUGCUGCAUGUGCUCACCCUUUCUAGAUCUUUCCGAAUUCUAACUGGCUGAUUCAACUCAGCUGUUCUGACUCAAAUUCCUCUCCAAGCAGACUGAUUCAAUCUGACUUCUCUUAGAUUCUCACUGAAUUGCUCUGCUUGGCCUCAAACUAACUCUGGCAACGUGUUCUAAUCUUCUAACUCCUCCUUAUUUUCUGGCUUCGGCUGCCUCUGCUGACCUGCACUGCACUGUGUGAACUCACGAAGGAACUCAACUCCACUGCGCUGCACUCACUGUGCUGACUCCCAACUCACUGUCAAACUGAUUCAACUCCACUUCACUGAACUCAACUGAUUCUCUCUCUCUCUCUCUCUCUCUCUCUCUCUCUCUCUCUCUCUCUCUCUCUCUCUCUCUCCUGUUCUUAAAUAGCUUUUAUACUGAAAGUUGGGUGUAUCCUAUCUGUGACUCAUUUCUCUGAUUCAUCACUUUGUAUGCCCCUCAGUUAGUCAUUGUUUGGAAUAAAGGUGUGUAACUAAAGGAUGCCAGCCAGAGGGGUUAAAGGUCUGUACUAAGGUUGUGUCUGAAUUCCAGCCAGAUCACACCGACCUAGAAAGUCUUUGAAUGUGAUCAGUGCAGCCAUGGUGCUGGAUUAAAAUUCCUCUACAAUAUAUACUGGAAAAUUAGAAACAACUGCUAUAUUAAGAAUUAGGAAAGUUACCUGAAGUAUGAAAUGAAUAUCAUGAUUCCAUAACAUUGCUCCAAACAUACUAACAUUGCUCCAAAAAUCUCCAGAAAUACUCAUGAUAAUUGUCAUCAAACUGUUUGUGUUAUUCCACUACAAAAGAGUUGUAGUUUGAGAGAUGCUGUAUUUAGAAGACAGACUCCUCCCACCUCCUAAACAUAUUACACCCUUCCCAAAUAGCACACCCAAUGGGUUCCAAGCAUUCACACUCAUGAACCUAAGGGGUCAUGUCCCAUUCAAACAGAGUAAAAUACAAACAGGAUAAGGUGGAAAAACUUAUCUCUGGUUUCAGAGGUCCUUAGUUCAAAUAUGGAAUGCAUACCAAUCAUCUUAAGUAAUUUAUCCCAAACAGGCCUUGGUCUCUGACUCUAAAUGGACAUAACUGAUCUACCUUAGAAUAACUGUGAUACUGGGCCAGUGUGAUGGCUCAGGAAACACAAGUACUUAAUCCUGAAUGCAUAAUGACAUAAUUCUAUCCUCAGAACUCAGAGUGAAAAGGAAACAGUUGCUCCCAAGGUUUAUCCUCUACCCUUCAUGUGUAUACUAUGAUACAUUCAUGUAUACACACAUGAAUAAAUAUUUGAAAAAAUGAAGAUACCUGGUGAAUUAAUGUACAUGAAUAUGGCUGGAAAAAUUUAAACUACCAUGCAAAACUGAGUUAACUUAGAGAACACUUUAAUUCCUUUUCCUUAGAUGCUGGUUUGGAUAUUGAACAUUCUAUAUACAAUAAAGUGGCCCCCAGUAUAUGAAAUGUGUUCUAAAAGAUAUUUAUUGUGAGAAAUACUAUCGUUUAAAUUAUUAUAGUUCCCCCCACAAGGCCAUGUGUUAAUACUUAAUCAGCAUUAGUGGGUAGUAAAAAGUUUUAGAGGUGUAUCAUCAUGUGACACUCAGGUUACCAGGUCCAUGCCCUUGAAGGGGCUAUUUAGGAUCCUGGACCUUUUCCCAUUCCACCUAUCCAAGCCAUAAGGGAAAUAGUUUUAUCCUACUUUUUGCCAAGACUUUUCUGGCCUGCCACUAAAGAACCAAAAAUAAUGAGGUCAACAAACCAUGGAUUAAAACCUCAAGUAUUUGGGAUGGACAUAGAAUGCUAACAUGUAUGAUAGUUUUGUUCAGGGCAGGAUUUCAUGUUUCAACUGAUUGGAUGAUGAAUAUUACAGAACAUGUUUAAAUAUGCUGAAGAUAAACAUCUAUGGUCAGGUUUUGUUUCUCUGCUCAAAUUGAGGAGCAUGCUAGCAACCCAAUAACCCUACUUUGCUAACCUUACUACCCCUACCUCAGAUCUCCUGGACUAUAAACUGUCUUUUGUUGUGCCUCAUCCAUACCCUCCAUGCCAUAUGGAGGAAACCUGCCUUUCUCACAGGAAUAGUCUUCAAGAUCAUGCUUUUAAUAUGCAUAAACAAUUUUCCACUCUGUCAAAACACACUCCAUGGAAGCACAAGCUAAUAUGUCGCUGUGAGGAAGGCAUACUAUUUCAAAUAUUAUCAGUUGCACUUCAUUUACUUUACCACAAUUCAUCGAUUUAUCCCAGAGGAGAAUCCUUAGGAAGGUGAAAUUGAGUACUUAUUUGAUAUAGGCCACGAGUUCCAAAAUGCUCACACUUUUUUUUAUCCAGUAUUUUAACACAGAAGAAAGUUCUGAGGCUGGAAUUAAUGUACAUAAUUAAAGCAAAGUUUGAAUCACUGGAAUCAGGUAGCAGAUCAGGGAACUAGACUUGUGUUUAAAUCAAAAGAAUACAUUGUUAUCUCUAUGUUACAUAAACUUCUGCCAAAAAAAGGGAAUCUAAUUAUACAUGCCACAUAGUACUUUACUUAAGAAAUUUUAAUUUUGACAUUAUAAACUUCAAACUUAUUUGUGAGAAUGCAUAGGAAUUGACAAAGCCCAACAGAGAGACUUGAGGAGCCACUCAAUCACAAAGUGAUGGAGUGCUAGAAUGAUUAAUCUGACCUAAUCACAAAGAUUGUGUCAAUCACUCAGAGCUGGAGGUAUUAUUAUUUGAGAAUUGUGAAUAUCUUUUCUUUUUAUAAGUGGAUAUUAGAUAAUAGAGAUUAUUGUCAGUUGACAUGGAGAAAGGAACAUCUAGACUUUUUUUUUAACUCUCUCUGACAUUCCUUGGAUUGGUACAAUAUACACAAGGGUUUAGGAGACCCCCUUCAUUGAUUUUUUUUCACAUGGGUUUCUGAAAAUAUCAUUAUUUCAUUUAAACUCUUCCCUGCCACCUCAGAAACCACGCUAACAUUAUUUACUCGCAAAACAUCUGAAUGAGCAGGCAAGUUACCUUGGCACCUGCCCAAGAUGCUAGAGGCAUUCUUUGGAAAUAAAAUGAGGUGGGGAACUACACUCAGGAAGAAUAUGUUAUUGACAGGGGGGAAAGGCUGCUUGAGUAUUUAGAUGAGGCAGAGAUUCUAUCCCUGAAGAGCAAUUUAUAAGUGGCUAAAUAGCUUUCUAAGGGACAGUUUUCUGAGACAAGGGGGUUGUUUUGAUGAAUAUGGCACACCAGUUUGGGCCAGACACAAACUGCUAAGAACAUAGGGGAAAUGAAAAGUUGCCUUUCCCUGAGGCUUCCUUUGUAUCUCUUCCAUCAGUAAAGUAUGCCUCAAUAAAUGCCAUACAAAUAUUUAAAGAGGAUAUCAAAGCCAUAAGGUGGUGGAGCACAGCUGUAACCCUAUCUACUCAGGAUACCAAGGUAGGAGGAUCACAAAUUUGGAGCUAGCCUGGGCAAGUUAGGAAGCUCUUGUCUCCAAAGAAAAAAUUUCUUAAAAGACUUGAGUUGGAGCUCAAUGUUAGAACACUUGCCUCACUUGUGUGAGACGCUGAGUUCAGUCUAAGCAUUAAAAUUAAAUUGAUCUGAGAGAUACACCAUCAGGUCAGGUAUUAACCCAGCCCUGUGACUGUACUGGGUCUCCAAUUCCUUAGGUAAGCCUUGUAUUGAUGAGCAAGACAAGAUUUUAUUUGGGACCGAUAGAUGAGUCUAGGGGUUUGGUGAAUUACACAAGGAAGGCACAUUUUUAAUGUCUCAUGAACAUGUAUGAAUCAUUGUGUUACAGAAUGAGGCCUAUUCAGGAAAGAUAAAGAGGAGAAUUUUCCCAAAAUUCUGUUAUCAAAUCAUCUAUACACGUGUUCAUUCGCUUGUGCCAACAUAGUCUCCUAACUUAUUUUUCUUAUAAGAAGUUGGCCUAUUUUGCUUGUUUCUAGUGAAGAGAUUUUAUUGCUUAGAGAAAACUUGGGUUUAUAGAAAACCUGAAUAGAAGCUACAGAGAGUUUUGAUAUACUAUUUAUCUCCACAGUUCCUCCUAAGUAACUCCUUGAAGCAGUGGAGCACAUUUACUUUAGAAUUGAUGAUACAAUAUUUGGACAUUAUUUUUGACUUAAGGUGAUACUUUAUACUGCUUCUUUUGAUAAAUACAGAAACAUAAUGAAGAUUCGUUACAGACUUGCUGCUUUUGCUUAGCAAUAGGCAUUUAAGGCCCUUUCUUGUCUUUUGUGUGUGAUACUUCAGUGUUUUCUGUAGUAAGUGCACCUAAUAUGAUAUUAGUCCUCUUCACAAAAUUUUCAGUGAUGUGUGUGUGUGUGUACGUGUGUAUUUGUUUUUAAGUAUAUGGCAAUAAAAGUAUAGAACACUGAGAAAUCAAUGUUUUAAUCUCAAGAGAUGAUAAAAAGUCUUCAUUCAUUUGGCUAUUUUGUUGUUGGCUACAAAGUUCCUGUUUUCUUACCCAAACAUGUUUAGUACAAAAUUAGUAACAAUAUGUAAAUGUUUAACAUGUUAGCUUCUAAGCUUCUGAAUGGAAUAUUUAUGGGAGACUAAAGCUGUAUGCCAUCCUGCACCUGAUGCAAAGUGUGAUGUAUUGCUCAUUAAAUUCACUUUCCCAAUAUCUCUA